ACAGAGCUGUGGGUAGGUGCGUUUGUCGAAGCGCAGACCGUAAAGACGGGGGAUGUGCCUUUACUUCUCCCCCGCUAAAAAGAACAGUUUUUCUUUUUUGUUGUUGUUGUGCGGGGUGCCGGAAGGAAGGCGAUGUAUACUUAACAUUAAAGGAUAGAUAGACGGUGUGGGGAUGCGUCGAAGGCAUUGAAUCUGUCAAGGACGAAUUUCGUCUUUCUAUUCGAAUACGUGUUUUUAGACAAUCAUCGUUCUCCUCGGAGAUGAUUGUCUCCGGGAUGUAGAACAAUAGUAUGGCUGCUAAGAACGAUUCCGAACAGACUAGCGGGAGUGACAACGGUGCUCGUGCGAAACAGUACGACAUGGCUAAAUCUCCGGAUGUGCUCAGCCCUAUCGAUGGUACUGCUUCUGCUGGGUCAACCUUCCUGAGUGGGUUUACGAUGUUCUCAGAAACCCACAAUGAAGGAAGGAAUGCUGCUGAGGAUUCCCUCUUAGAACACGGGAGUAACGGGAGCAGAAAGAGUGAUGAUGAUGAUGUACACGAAGUUAGAAAUAUGAAAUAUUGGGCUAAUAAAAUUACACAUGUUUUUAAACGAGCAAGACAUUCUAAGAAGCGAAGAAAAACUAGUAUUGGGUCUUUUGCCUCUUCUUUCGAAAACGAAUUUGAUGAUUUAGAUACGGAUCACACACGAUUUAGGCCAGAAGCUAUCGAUACAUUAUGCCAGUUAACUAAAUUCAACAAAAGAGAACUGCAGUUGAUGUAUCGAGGAUUCAAACAGGAAUGUCCUUCUGGUAUGGUGAAAGAAGAGAAAUUUAAAGGUAUAUAUGCACAAUUCUUUCCUAGAGGUGCGGAAACCAGUCAAUAUGCUCAUUAUGUGUUUAACACGUUCGACCAGGAACAUACUGGAGCAAUAACUUUUACAGAUUUUGUGAUUGGUUUAUCAGUAUUAGCGAGAGGUUCUCUUCAAGAAAAACUUCGUUGGGCUUUCAGUUUGUACGAUAUUAAUGGAGAUGGAUACAUUACAAAAGAUGAAAUGACUAGGAUCAUCAAUGCUAUCUAUGACCUAAUGGGGAAAUCCGUAGAACCGAUGGUUGAAGAUACGACAACAAAAGAUCACGUAGAAAGAGUUUUCCAGAAACUUGAUUUGAACAAAGACGGCGUUGUAUCCAUGGACGAAUUUCUCGAUUCGUGCGCAAAAGACGAAAACAUUUCGAAUUCUAUGUCAGUAUUCAAUACCAUGUUGUGAUUGGUUCUUCUACAUUAAUUUAAACAGAAAGCGAGCGAUUCGUUAUUCGUCACUAUUCAUCUCUAAACAUGGCGAUGAAAAGCCCCAGCUUGAAAGUCAGCAGGUGCUAAAGAUGCCACCCCAAUUGGUAUCGAGGUGUGUCACCACAGUGCCAAGUGUGUAGUUAGGAAGCCUCAACGAUGGUAUAUUUCUACCUUUAUGUGCUUACGUGUUUAUAUAUGUGUAUCAUCUUACCAAAGACAAGUACUGUGUCAGGUAUCUCUCACAAACUUCCCAACACGGGAAGCAUGGCCUUAGUACUACCAGACCCAUCGCAGAUGUAGCAGUAUAGAAUUAAACAUGAAGAAACGAAAUCACUCAUCACUUGGACGAAAAAUUACAAAAAUAUCCAGAACCUCAUUUUUGAACAAUACUGAGAAGGAAAAAAAUCUAAGAAACUUUUAGAUUUGUAGUUUAUGUUACUUCUUUCUUCAUAUUCUUAUUCAGUGUGUGUUAAGAAAGUUUUAAAUUCUUAAAAGAUAAAUAUCAGCACAGAAAUCUCGUUAAAAACAUCCCUAUUUUUUCCAAAAAUACAAAGAAGCCUUAGAGCUAUAGAAAAAUUUGCAAUUUGUGUAAACAAUUAUCGAGAAGAGCUGAUCCAACCGGUUCCAUGCGCUGGUUUAAUAAAGGUUCUAUUUUAUAAUACUGGAAUUUAUAAAUUGAUACAUUAAUAUCCGACAAGUUGCGAUUUUAGAACGAGAGCCUUUUAAACUAACGCAUGGACAUUAUAUGGACAGCACUGCCUAAUCCUUACCUAUAAUUUUCCUCGUGUCUAAAUUUAUUUUUGAACUAUUGUAGAUUGUUACGCUUCACAAUUUAGGCCUUCAAAAUAUAAUACAUAUAUGCAUUCAUAUACCUAUAAAUAAAUAUAAAUAUAAUAUAUAUUUAGAUUUUGAAAGAAUAGUAAAAAAAAAAAAAAAAACUUUUAAUAAAUUUCUCUUCUCUUCUUGAUGAUAUUUGAAACGAAAACAGAAACUUUAUGUGUAUUUACAAUUUUUUGUCUUCGAUCUUUAAAUAUUGUAAUUUAUAAUUGUUAGAAAGCUCUGAGAAGGAAAAAUACACUGUAAAGAGAUUUUUUAUUUUUUAUCUUGUAUAAGAUUAUGUGUUUCCUAUUUUUUCCAUGUAUUUCCUGUAAGAGAAUUUUGAUCGAAAUAUUUGUAAUUAAUAAUUUCCAAAUCACUGAUGAUAAAGUACAUCAGUGAGUUCGAAACCCUCUAUGAGGAUGUACAGGAAAGCUUCAUUAAAUGAAAAAUU